CACACACACACACACACACACACACACACACACACAAUAUAUUUUUCUUAUUUUCUUUACAUAGUUAUUUUCUUGUUCAGUCUGAUAAUGGUAAAUGUUUUAACAGUUCAUUGAAGUCAGUCCUGCUGUAGGCCUAACUACUAGCUAGUAAAUACGAUUAAUUAAAUAAAACUGACAAAAUGAAAUAUCACUGUUGACAUAUUUUGGUCCAGAACAGUCAGCUAAUGCUUCACAAUAGCAAAAAAAUUUGGAUUUUCAAAACUUACCGGCGGAAAAAACUUCGGAAACAUUGAAAAUGAACUGCGCUCAAUGAAGCCUCUCGCUCUGUUUGGAACUAUUUGAGGCUCCAUGAACCACGUGACUUCCGCAUUCCAUUCUUUCUAUGGAAGCCAAUGGGAGUGUCGCAACUCUCUUUCUAUAGGGCUCUGAUUAUGACUACAUACAUGUUUGUACAAGCAUGUGCAUUUCAUUGAUCAUUAUUAUUGUAAGAGUUGAACAAGUAAUCAAAUAGACAUCGAUCAAAAUCAUUUCCAAAUAGUGUAAUCAAAAUGGUCAGACUUUUAAUAUCACCUGCAAUAAGUUCUCGCAGGUUUGAAUCAUUUUUUGAGCCAUUUUACUGUUUGAAAAGUGAAUCGAGGGAGGAAAAACUCAGCAGCCACGUUGUCAUAUUUUGACAUGUAUUGGAUAUUCUUUUGUUUCUCCCAGCUUGGCCUGAUUCCCACAAUUUUCUGCAGUCUUGCGGGCCUUUUGAGGCCCAGGGAAAGCAUGCAUCGUGGCGAGAAAGACUUGCAGGCAGCUGCGCGCAAGAUGGGUACAUCUUUACUUUUCCAGCUGUCUGCAUACGAGCGGGACCUAGAUUUGGUAUGCCUGGAUCACAGCUAUGCCAAACCAUGGAACGCUCACCCAGAUGCCAGCAGCGCUCGGCCUACAAGGACCCUGUUUGUGACGCCACGUCGCCAACCUGAACCUUCGUCAGACUCAGAAUCUCAAAUAGACAUAGAAACGGUCACACCAACACCUAUUCCUCUAUACGACAACCAGAAAGCUCUCAGUGUGAUGAAGGAAUGCGAGCGGCACGUUCUAUUUGCUCGAACCGCUGCCGAGAGCCCCCCGCCCCCCGAGGACUGGGAGGAACAUAUAAACAAGACGGGAUGGUCUGUGGUGCAGAACAAACUGUUCAACAAAGUCCUUAAAGCUCUUCAAGCUGAAAGACUAGCACGUCUGGCCAAUGAAAACGCUUGCAAUGAACCCAUUUUGCGGCGAAUAGCGGUGGAUAAGUGUGCCAGGAAGGUACGACACGCACUCGCCAGCGUGAACUGGGACGCCAAACUGACGCAGUGGUUACACACGACUCUGAUCGAGUCUUUAAGCCUUGCCAUGCUUGCUGCGUACUUGGAUGUGCUGCAGACACUCAAGAGCAAGCUGCCCUCGCUGAUCGACAGAAUGUUGCUGCCCUCUGCGAAGACUGGAGCUCCGAGCGCAGAGGCUUUGUCGCUGCUCCUGAAACGUCCUUGGGACCCGGCUGUCGGAGUACUGUCGCAAAACAAACCGAGCAAACUUCCCGGGUCCCCUCUCAUCCUCAUUGCUCCAUCCAGCCCGACUAACCCUGCUCUCUCCACCUCACGGCGGAUGAGAUUUUGGCAGUCGCAGCUCUCCUGCUUAGGAAAGGUGAUCCCAGUGCACACGCAUGUGAACAGUGGAGCCAACGUGGGAAUCUCGCAGUGUUUGGAGCACAUGUUGGGGACGGUCAGAGCCAAAGUCAUGGAGGUUCACAGUCACUUCCCACACAAACCCAUCGUCCUGGUUGGCUGGAACGCUGGUGCUCUUAUCGCGUGUCAUGUAUCUCUUGUGGAAUAUCUGACUGCGGUGGUGUGUCUCGGCUUCCCUCUGCUAACAGUUAAUGGGCCAAGAGGGGAUGUGGAUGACCCACUGCUGGACAUGAAGACCCCCGUGCUGUUUGUGGUGGGACAGAACGCUCUGCAGUGCACUACGGACGGCAUGGAGGAGUUCAGGGAGAAGCUGAGGGCAGACAACAGCAUGGUGGUGGUGGGAGGAGCAGACGACAACCUCAGAAUCAACUCAGCAAAGAUGAAAUCAGAAGGACUAACACAGUCAAUGGUGGAUCGCUGCGUUCAGGAUGAGAUAGCUGACUUCUUGUCGGGUGUCCUAACUCGGGCGGAGGGCCACAGUCAUGGUUCAGGAGAGAUGAGAGACUUGGACACAGAGAAGAAGAAAAGGCCUCGGCGAGAGCUUCCCUUUGAUGUGGAGAGAGGGCGACCUUCGUCUCCGGCGCUUCGAGUUCCCAUCUCACCCUCUGGUUCGGAGGAUCUGUCGAGCGUCUGUAGCAGCCCCACAUCAAGCCCCAAACCCAAGACCACGGGUCUGUCGCCGGCCCAAAAGUCCAGUCUGAUCACCGCUACGCAGCUCCUCAAAACUCACAUGCAGCGCUCGGGCACUGUUCUCACUCACAAGCAGGCUCAAGUGCCAGUCAGCGGUGAUCAGAUGGAAGGCCUGGACAGAGAUGAAGUGCGCCCUCAUGGCAAAAGGAGGCAGACGCCCAGCCCCACGCCGAGCAAAGUGUCCAAGAAGGCAAAGAUCAAAGUCACUAUCGUUUCCCAGAGCGAGUCGGCAGGAAGCACCAUCAACCCUGCUGAGUAUACAAAACCAGUGGGUGUCUCUGGCAAACCAUUAUCUGUGGCAAUGGGACAAACAGUGGCUGGUGCCAAGGAGCUUUCUGGACUUCUGACAGGCCAGCAGUCUGGUAGUCUCUCAGAGGUGUCUGGUGCCCUGUCCCCAGGCUCCAGCUCAUUCAGCAGCGUGCAGCCUUGUAUGGUGUCGGUGUCCUCCACACCAGUCCAGGUGCAAGCUCCAGCUACUGCCCAAGCACCUUCAGCAAGCAGUCUUCUGCAAGGUCUAAGUUUCAGUCUUCAGGAGAUCGUGACCAAAGCUCCUAACUUACCAUCCACAGCAACAAAUGCAGGCAGCACCCAGGCGCUUUGUGGUAAGUCUCAGGAUCCGGUCCUGAGCUCGGUCGGCACCAGCGGCAGCACUCUGCUCCGGACAGUGCCUGUGGUCACCGCAGGGGGAGUCGCCAAAACCACAGCCAUCCAUCAGCUGCUCACCAACGGCGGGCUGGCCAAACUGGCCAGCAGCUUGCCCGGCUUGGCUCACAUCACUAAUCAGACCGCUGGGGGACAGAAAGCACCGGGCUCUAUAACGGUGACCCUUCGAGGAGCACAGCCGAGUCGAGCAGUGUCUCUCAGCCAAGCUGGGGAAAAUGUGGCAGCAGCUCCAACAAAUGAGCCCAAGAGCGUCUGAUGUGAGAUGGUGCAGUGUGUCGGCGGUGGCGUGGAGCCUUGGAUGAGACUCGGAUCUCUCUGCAGCAAAGGACACACAAAGACCACAAGACUCAAAGCUGACCCUCCAGGGAGACGGCAGGAGGAGCAUGGAAGAGUGCUGCUGCUCAACGCUCAGAUUCUGUUACUUAAAUCUCCUCUUUGACUUUUACCACUCCUGCAUUCAGACAAACAAAUCAACAAGGUCCGUUCAUUUUCUCUGCAGGAGAUUAUUUCGUGAACGUAAACAAACUACUUGAAAAAGAGCUCCUGCCAAGAAGGAAGAAAGACAAACGUGCCAAAUUUGGUGACGGCCUCAAAUCUUCCUUUAUAAAGAAACAACUUUUGACUGUUACGUCGUUGUCUUCUCACUAAUGUCCCAUUUAGCCUAUAAAUGUUAUUAACCAGUCAGUUAGUGAUUCAUUUAGUUGUCACAGCUACAUUUCAGAACAUCUCCAUGUUUCUUACUUAAUUUCAGUGGUUAAAGUUACACUGUGAAGUUUGAUUUUACUUUUAUAUCUUCACCUGAUUCUGUGCCUAAAAUCUGCCAAUAAAGCUUGUUUAAACCUUAA